CCAUCGGAAGUGACAAACGCGGGCUUUAUGAAACCGUACAUUUGUUUUUCUACGUUUGACCUGUUGAACAACGUUCUUCGAACAUGCUGAAGAAGGCACCAAAUUUGAAAAAAAUUGUGAAGUCCAAGACGAAAAGCAACAUUAACGUGAGACUGACGUCUGAAGCAAUGCUUGAGCUCAUUCCCAUGCUCUUCCUGAAGAACUUGGCCAAGGAGGCAAAAGCCAAAUCUUUUGAGGAGAAAUCUGCGACUAUCAAGCCUCGACACGUCAAAGCCGUCUCCAAGAAAAUGCUGAAAAAGGCACGAGGAUGAAGACCAUGAAUGUAUUUUUGUACACUCUGAAAUGUUUCCUAUCCAGCUUUUAAAGAUAUAUUUUAUUGAAUUUUUCUCACCAAGCUAAAUUUUUCCAAGAACUAUGUUCAGUCCUCUUUGCGGAUAUUGACAGGCAUUACUGUAAAGUGAUGCAAGUGUACCUUACCCUGCCAACUUUUAUGAGUACAGCAAGAAGCUGAUUUAGAUUUUUUUUUUCUCCUGCAGCAAGGAAUAACAUAUGGUAAUUAAAAUUGUUGUUGUUCCCCUUUUACAUUUUGUUCCAUCAUUCUCCAUCAACCAGGAAAUAGCCUUGCUAACGGACGGACUUGUUUUUUUUAAUUAACUGGGCAAAUUUGAUUAUGUUAAGCAACAUGUUGAUCACAAUCUACAUACUAUUUUUGUUGAUGAAUAUCACCCGCCCUGCGAUGAGGUGGCGACUUGUCCAGGGUGUACCUCGCCUUCUGCCCGAAUGCAGCUGAGAUAGGCUCCAGCAUCCCCCGCGACCCGAAAGGGACAAGUGGUAGAAAAUGGAUGGAUGGAUGGAUGGAAGGAAUAUCACCCUUGACAUUAUGCCAUGGGACCAGUCAACUACAUCUACAUCUUCAUUUGCACUUAAUUUGUUUUUAAAAAACAUGUUAUUUUGUCUGAUAAAAUGUGGGGCCAAGCGGUAAAUGACUCAUUGUCAUGUUCUGUUUAGCUUUCUCAACUAUUAAAGAACUACUUAAUCAA